UGUGUGGUCUGACUUUUUUCUUUUCUAAUAUUCUCCAGCCUUUUUUUUUUGAUAUAUAAUCAGAUCACUUUUUGACUCUUUCUUUUCUUUCUUUCUGUGUGUGUGCAUCUUAUUCCUCUUUAUACGAAAAUGUCUGAAAAUCUAGAUUAUAUUACAGUUUAUGGUGAUUCUUAUUCCGAUAUUCACCCAGCAACCAGAAAAACAAAUGGCCCAGUUUGGAGUCAACAGCUAGCAAAGAGUUGGAGCGCUCAACUUGUAUCAAAAGCAGUACCAGGUGCUACUUUCUGCCAAAACAACAAAAUUAAUGGAAGUUGGCUACAAAAACAAGUGCAUGAAGAUAUUACCCUUAACGACAAAGACAAAUCUACUGUACAAAUAAUCUUUCUCGGUAUUACAGACCUGAUAGAAACAAAAGGACAAGCCACAUCGGAUAUCAAGCAAUGGAUUCAAUGUAUUGAAGAUCAAGUGAAAUUCUUGUACUCUGUCAACCCCAAUUCGCGUAUAAUUCUGAUGGGUGUACCAGCUUUGGAAUUUUCGCCUUACGCCAUGACGCAUAAAUCAAGCACGACCAAUUUAAAACAAAAUAUUAUCGAAUUCAAUGUGGCACUAGAAGAACAAAUCCUAGAUUGGCGUGCUGAAUUAUCAGAUCAGAUUGAGUUCUUUGAUACAUAUCUAGUCUUCAGUGACAUCUUGGGGGAUCCUUCUGUCCUUAAUAUGGAUAAUGUCGAUGAUGCAUACUGGGACAAGUGCCAAGGACAAUGUACUGAUGCGGUCGACAGCUACCUUUGGUGGGACAGUGUACAUGUGACUGGUACAGGACACAAAGCAAUCUCAAACACAAUUCAAUCAAAAGAAUUUUUCAAUUUGCAAGCAUCAUUAUCAGAGUCCGAACAGGCUACUACAUUAGAGAAAGGCAUGACUGGAUUACCGCAACAAUAUAUAAGAUGCUUAUCGUGGUUUAUCUUGGGUGCUAUUAUAGCCAUGAUCUUUUACAUGUUUAGACAUAACAGAGUCAUCAUCUCUUUAAAAAAGAAACUUCAGACAAAAGCUGCUAAAAUAUACUCACCAAGAAACACGCAUGAAUACACGCUUGUUUAAAUAAAGUAAACAAAAUAAUUGCAUGCAUAAACCUGAUGGUUGUCAUACAAGCUGUGAUACAAAGUAUGUAGAUCAUUCAGUUUUUUUUUUCUU